UGCAGAAUGAAGUUUUAAUCCAGUGUUUCUCAAAAAUUUUAUUUUAAAAUCUUUUGAAGAUGCCUAUACUUUUCAGAUUUGUACAGAAAAUGAAUAUUAAAGAUGGAGAUAAACCCUCAGGCUGAUUUAUCUCGUACCUCCUGGAUGUUUCUGGCUCAUUAUCAGUAUUCCUAGAAGUGAUUGAUUCCUCCUCUCUUUCCUUCACAGACUCACUUUGUAGUACAUCUAAGGAUACUCAGUUCUCCUAUUCAAACAUACGUGUUGUGGAUGGCUUGAUAGUUACCUACCCACAUCAAUGACAUGGUGUCGGGGAACACAGGUGAACAAAGGAGACUUACCUGGGGCAAGGCAAUUUUCCUGCUCCAUUCAGCUCAGCACUCUCAUCACUUCUAGAUAUUGGACCCAGAUGACCUGCAGAGCCAUGUUCUGUCUUGAGUGUAUGCUUCUUAUUUAGUAAUUGGCCCUAGUAUAAUUAACUACAUAAUGAAUAUCUAGAGUUUGGGCAAAAAGAGUUUUAACUCCAGGAAAGAGAAUUCUUCUGACAGAUACCUGAGUUUGUCUUGAAGUCAAGAAAAUGGUUUUCUAAGCACUAAACUAUUUGAAACUAGUUACGAGGGGGAGAAAAAGCCUUGGAGGACAAAAAGGAAGGGUUGAUUUUGAAGCUUGGCAUUUAGAAGGUUCUUUUGACUCAGAGGUAAUGAUAAAGUUCUGUUGAGGACAUACAGUCCAGCUUCCCACUCCAUGCCGUUAAUGUCCUAUGGCAACCUACUAAGCAUACUUUUACAUUCUAUUCAUGUUGAAAAUGUAGACCACUUGAUUAAGCUUCACAGAUCUCUUAAGUAACAGAGAAUAUAUUAUGGGGUUGGCUGUGUCUAUUCUCAGUGUGCCUUGUGUAGCUUUGAUAAAAGGAAAAUUAUCUGCUCAUCAGCUUGAAGAUAAUCCAGAUGUCAUUUCCUCCCUAUCAUAAGUUUCCCAGACCACCUGGUGGGGCUAUUUUUCACGUGGUCUUGAUGCUGUAUUUGGAGAGAAGACUGGCUUUUCCCAUGUGUGCAUUGCCUCUGAUUAGAAAAAGACUAACCUCUCAUUCUGGGUUAACGGCUCUUCUAUAUAGGCCCAUGUCUAAAGCACUCUAAUUCGUUGUAAAGAUUGGAAAAUAGGCACACUCAGAGGUCAUGAUUUGCUUAAUUGUGCAUACAUUCGUCCAACGUAUGUGUUUGAAUACCAAGCCCGGUUGAAUUUGCAAAGCCUUCUGACUGCAGUUUUCUAAAUGGACUCCGAGCGCCGCUGUUGACCAGUGCGCUGCAAGAGCUAGAGCCGCGAUCCUCCCGGGAGCUACUCCGCGCACAGAAGCAACUUAGAAUCCCGAAGAGUCGCCGGGAUUCGGGCUUUCUGCGGACAAAUCUGAUUUCAUACGACUUAAAAUAACCCUAAAUUGGGAAUAUUGGAUCGUCUAUGGAGUGAAGCGCCGUCUUUGAGUUCCCGAGACUGAAGCAACGCAGAAGGAUGGGAAAUAGGACAAAAGAGAGGAGCGGCGCUGAGCGGCGGCGGCGGCGGCGGCAAGUACUCUUUCCCUUGCUGCUGCCUUUGUUCUUUGGGGCUGUCUCCGCUGAGCAGAUCCGCUACUCGAUUCCAGAAGAAAUGCCCAGGGGCUCGGUGGUAGGGAACCUCGCUGAGGACCUGAAGCUGCAGGUUCGCGAUGUAGUGAACCGCAACCUCAGAGUCAGUGCAGAGAAACCAUACUUCACUGUGAACGUGGAAAACGGGAACAUACUUGUGAGUGACAGGAUAGAUCGGGAAUCUCUCUGUUCCCAAAACCUGCUGUGUGUUGUGCCCUUAGAAAUUGUAGCAGAAAAUCCUCUAAAUAUUUUUCACAUAAAUGUGAUGAUAGAAGAUAUAAAUGAUAACCCACCCUACUUCCCACAGAAUAGCAUUGCUUUGCAAAUCAAUGAACUUGCAACUCCAGGCACUCGGUUUGGUCUGGAAUCUGCUAUAGAUGCUGAUGUAGGGCCCCACUCCCUUCAGAGUUACCAACUCAGCUCCAAUAAGCACUUCUCUUUAAUGGUGAAGGACAAGGCUGAAGGCAAGAAUGCUCCAGAACUGGUGUUGGAAAAGCCCCUGGAUAGAGAACAACAGAGCUCUCACCUCCUGGUUCUGACAGCAGUGGAUGGGGGCAAACCGGCCCUAACAGGCACGGCUCAGAUUCACAUCAAGGUCAUUGACGCCAACGAUAAUGCGCCAGUAUUCAGCCAGGAUGUGUACAAGGUCAGCCUUAGGGAAAACGUGCCCAGAGGCACAACUGUGGUCCAGGUGAGAGCCACUGACCAGGAUGAGGGCAGCAAUGCAGAGAUCACUUACGCCUUCAAAUCCCUGCGAGAUGAUAUUGGGCACAUGUUUACCAUAGACCCCCAAACUGGAGAAGUGCAAACCAAAGGCUCCAUAGACUUUGAAACAAGUAGCAGCUAUACCAUGACUGUGGAAGCAAAGGACGGUGGGGGCAUGGCGGCAGAAUGUGAAAUCCAAGUAGAGAUUCAAGAUGAGAACGACAACGCCCCUGAAGUGGUUUUUACUUCCGUGUCCAGUUCUAUAACAGAGGACGCACAGUCCGGGAUGGUGAUCGCUCUGUUCAAAACACAGGACCGAGAUUCGGGAGAAAAUGGACAGUUCACAUGCUUCAUAAAAGAAAACGUUCCUUUUAGAAUCCAAUCCUCCGCCAAUAAUUACUACAAGAUUAUAACAGAUGGGACCCUGGACCGCGAGCAGACCCCGGAGUACAAUGUCACUAUAACCGCCACUGACAGAGGCAAGCCACCACUCUCCUCCAGUUCAGUCGUCACCCUGCGCAUUGGCGACGUCAACGACAACGCGCCUGUCUUCCAGCAGCCCUCCUACGUGGUCCACGUGGCAGAGAACAAUCCCCCAGGAGUCUCCAUCGCGCAGGUCAGCGCCUCCGACCCGGAUCUGGGCUCCAAUGGGCAGGUCACCUACUCCAUCGUGGCCAGCGACCUGGAGGCACAAACGCUGGCGUCCUACGUGUCAGUGAGCGCACACAGUGGCGUGCUGUUCGCGCAGCGCGCCCUGGACCACGAGCAGCUGCGCGCCUUCCACCUCACGCUGCAGGCCCGCGACCAGGGCUCGCCCGCACUCAGCGCCAACGUGAGCGUGCGCGUGCUGGUGGGCGACCGCAACGACAACGCGCCGCGCGUGCUGUACCCGGCGCUGGCGCCCGACGGCUCGGCGCUCUUCGACACGGUGCCGCGCGCCGCCGAGCCCGGCUACCUGGUCACCAAGGUGGUGGCGGUGGACGCCGACUCUGGCCACAACGCCUGGCUGUCGUACCACGUGCUGCAGGCCAGCGAGCCCGGGCUCUUCAGCCUGGGGCUGCGCACGGGCGAGGUGCGCACAGCGCGCGCCCUGGGCGACAGGGACGCGGCCCGCCAGCGCCUGCUGGUGGCUGUGCGCGAUGGCGGGCAGCCGCCGCUGUCUGCCACGGCCACGCUGCACCUGGUCUUCGCGGACAGCCUGCAGGAGGUGCCGCCGGACCUGAGUGAGCACGCGGCGCCCUCGGACCCUCAGGGCGAGCUGCAGUUUUACCUGGUGCUGGCCUUGGCCGCCGUCUCCGUGCUCUUCCUGCUCACGGUGAUCCUGGCCAUCGCGCUGCGCCUGCGCCGCUCCUCCAGCCCUGUCAGUCUCUGUUCGAAGGCUACACAAGGUGGUUCUCUCAACUACAAUGAGGGCACUUUGCCCUAUUCCUACAACCUGUGCGUUACUUCUGAUUCUCGAAAAACAAGGUUUGAUUUUCUCAGCAUGACUCCGGAACUGGUCCCCUCACAGGAUCUUGCUAAUCAGGCUUCUUUGGUGAUUAGCGUAAACAAUGAGGAGAGUAACAAGAUGAACUCUAACUCUGUUGCUUCUGCUCAGCAAGCUCCGCCCAACACGGACUGGCGCUUCUCACAGGCCCAGAGACCCGGCACCAGCGGUUCCCAAAAUGGCGAUGAAACCGGCACCUGGCCCAACAACCAGUUUGACACGGAGAUGCUGCAGGCCAUGAUCCUGGCCUCUGCCAGCGAAGCCGCUGAUGGGAGCUCCACCCUGGGAGGAGGCGCUGGCACCAUGGGUCUGAGUGCGCGCUAUGGGCCCCAGUUCACCCUGCAGCACGUGCCUGACUACCGCCAGAAUGUCUACAUCCCCGGCAGCAACGCCACCCUGACCAACGCUGGCGGCAAGAGGGAUGGCAAGGCUCCCGCAGGGGGCAACGGCAACAAGAAGAAGUCGGGCAAGAAGGAGAAGAAGUAACCCGGAGGCCAGGGCUGGGGCCGAGAGCCACAGGGCUGCCUCCCACCCCAGCCAGCCCAGCUUCUCCUCACCUUGUACCCAGGCCUCACAGCAUUUCAGGGUUCAGCCCCAGGAUACUGGCUGAGGCCCAGGCCAUGCUCCCCUCGGGAAACAGAAAAAAACAAGUGCCCAGUCAACACCCCCUCUGCCCCCAGGGGGUUGAAUAUGCAAAGGGAGUUCUGUCCCGAACCCCCAUCCAAUCAAUUGUUGUCCCAUGGGGGUCAGCGGGGUUAGUGUAGACAACCAGAAUCAUUCACCACACCCUGUUUAGUUACACCUGAGCUCCACCAUCUUCCAAAUUGAUCAGGCCCAUCCAUGCCCCACAUCCCUGCUGCCCAGCCCCACUGGCCACUGUGAGGUCAUCAGGGCAUUGAGGUAACAGGUGACCCUAAAAGGAUCAUGGUUCUGAAGAGCUGGAAAGGCCUCUUGGCCUCUCCUUCGGUUCUGUCUCCCCCCAAAGCAUGGUUUGGUGACAGUCCUUCCACCUCCUCCCAGAGGCUGGGACCAAUGCUCAAGGUUUUUUUUUUUUUUUUUUUUUUUUUUUAGUGGGGGGGGCAUGGUUACCAUCCCCAUGGUACUGAUGCUUGCUGGAUUUAUGGAGGGCAUUUUGCUGCCAAGCCUCUACCAAGGCCCUGGGGACCAUUCCUCUGCUCCGUUUUUCAUUGUUUGAUGUUCCAACUGCAUGCUGUGACUUCCCACGCCCCUCCUCCAACAAGAGACUUCACUGCAUGUUCCAAGACAGUAUGGGGUGGGAAGAUAAAGAAGGGAAGUUUGUGUAUGUGGAUGGGGGUUGGGGACAGACAGAGCUUGACCUAUUGACGCAUGGGGUCUGUCAAAGGCGCUGCCUGUUCCCAGGUACUAACCAGAUCCCCUCGCCCCCAGGUUCCAGCCCCCCAGGCUGAGCAUAAGCUGGACGCUCCCCCUCCCACAGAGGGCUCAGCCCAAGAAGCCAAAUUCGGGCUGAGUUAGCUGGACCAAUGGAUUUAAACUGGCAUUUCAGUCCAAGGAAGCUCUGCAUAGGCUUAGGACCAGGUCCCUUGGAGAGAUCAGAGGGGCCUCUGUGGGUGCUGGGUACUCCAGAGGUGCCACUGAGGGAAGGGCCUGUGGAAGGAGGGCCAACUGGGCAAGUCAUGGCCCCUGGGUUGGGGAGGCAAGGAGCUAGAGCAAGGACCAAGUGGGCUGGAAGUCACAGCCCAAGAUGGGGCUUCUCCACUGGGCUCCUUCACUCCUCAAACCAUGGUCCUUCUCAUCACCCUUGCCAGGUGCCCUUCCUUCUCUGUCAAGGCUACCGCCCCGGCCCCCAGCCCGCCUCCUAGUGGCCAGAGCCUGGUUGAAGUCCCCCAGUGCCUCCUUGUGCAUAGACCUCCUCUUGCCUUUAUCCUUUUCCGCCCUUCACUCCAUCCCCACCCUGGGUCCCGGGCAUCUCGCGGGGCUGUGAGGAGUGAACCCCAGCCCCUUACAGUAGUGUAGAUCUCCCUCUCCCCUUGGCUGGUGUAGAAUAGCCAAUAGUGUAGUGCGGUGUGCUUUUAAGUGACGGCGAGUGGGCAGUGGGCGGCGGGCUCCGCGCAGCCGUCUGUCCUUGAACCUGCCUGCGGCGGCCCGUGCUGUGUCUUGUGCUGUGUCCACGCGCUGUGGCAACCCCUCCCCCAUACUGACUCCUUCCUAUAAGCGCUUCUCUUAGCAUAGUCACGUAGCUCCCACGCCCUUCCUGUAUCUCACGCAAGUUUUAUACUCUAAUAUUUAUAUGGCUUUUUUUCUUCGAAAAAAAAAAUAAUAAAAAGGUUUCUUCUUGAA